AUGGUUUUACUGGGACAGGCAGCGUGGGUCUUUCGCGCCCUCUUUUACGCCUAUAUGCCAAGUGCCGACUACGUCUUGCUGGUCGAGCCAUUGCAUGGGAUCACGUUUGCUCUUGUGUUACGACGUAAAUUGUGUAAAAGUUGUAGUUGGUUCACAACUAAAAUAAAUGGACCAGCAACCGACGUAUUAAAUUUAAAUGUAGACUGAAACUUCUUUUAAACGACGAAUAACGACCAAGGCCUGAUUUUUCUAAUUUCUUGGACCGCUGCUGUGCAUGAGGUUGGGAAAAUGGCGCCUCCUUCGAUGAAGUCAUCAGCUCAAGGAGUCCUCCAGCUCACAUUUCAAGGUGUUGGUCCGUUCCUAGCGGUCUACAUCGGAGGCAUUUUGUUCGACAGCAUCGGAUAUCGUGCUUGCUUCAUACUCUACGCGGCAUUGUGUGGGUUAUUAUGACAAGAAAAAAUGUUGUAGAUGUAGUUCAUCUUGUACUUCUCAUACUCAAGAAAUUAAGUAGUUGCGUAGUUCUCAGUAGAAAGGAAGUAGCUCUUUACCUUUCCUGAGAGUAAAUAAAUAAGUCGAACAACAUCAUGAUGAUCGUUUCCCUUCAUAGUAAUCGUUGUGCGCAUACAUUGCUCUUCCAGAAGCCCAUGUUGGCGAAGCAGGCUUUGGUGCACACUCGCUAGAAGAUAGCGCCAGCCCAAGAGUGAUUGGGGCAUACGAAGUGCCGACAACGUACAACGCUGAAGACCAGCUAGAACCGGGAUCGCCAGGGUCGCCUGUUGGUGGGAGGGAAUAGAGAAGGAUGGGGAGGAGAAUUAAUACUAGAAGAACACGAGAAAGAUCUUUGUGGGUAGGGAAGACAACUCGGAAUUCAUACACUCAUCAGCAGUGCUUAGAGCAGGAGUUUCGAUCUCCUUCUUAUCUUCUUUUUCGUAGUACAACUAGCGUUAGAUUUUUUAAGCAUUACUACAUCCGGUAGUACGGAUUUUAUUAACAUCUGAACGAUGAAUUCUAGUGUGUAGUUUUAUUUCAGUUGUCGAUUGUGUUUGUGACGUAGUUCUUGUCGUGUGUCGCGUGUGCUGCUGAGUGGAAACUUGGAUGAUUCAAUUGCAAGCAAAAACAGCUGUACAGGAUUGCAAAGCGCCACAAGCUGAGAACACUGUGAUACGGAUUGAUAGAUGCUAUGAUGUAUAAC